AAUGAACUCAACGGACAUUAUUGCAAAUGUCACAAAACCAUUUGUAGAAAACUUAACAUUAGGAGAAACGGCGUUUUAUAUCAGUUGUGGCAUUGUUGGUACAGUUUUCAACGCAUUAGUACUAUGGAUUGCACUCACAUAUAUCAAUACGGAAGAUAAGCCUAGACAGAUAAUUGUUAUCAACAUGACAGUGGCGGAUCUUUUGAUGUGUAUUGUGUACAUGAAAACUCGCCCAUGGCUCUCACAUUUUAAUCUUUGGCUUUGCCAUCCCUACUAUGUUAUCAUUUGGACGUGUCAAAUGUGCAGUUGCUUGAAUCUCGUUUGGUUGAAUGUUGACAAGCUGAUCUACAUUCAAUUUCCGUUGCAUUACUAUCAAAUUGUGAAUCGGAAACGGCUUUUAUGGAUUACUGCAGCGACAUGGGGAGGACUUUAUGCAAUGAACAUCGCACUUGUCACCUUUUUGAAAAUAACUCGAGGAAGCUGUCUUGGAGUAUCACUUAAUCCUUAUGUAUAUCUUUUGAGCCCCAUAUUCUAUGUCGUAAUGAUUCUUACGUCAUUUUCCUUAUCAGCUUUGAUCUACUGCAUUGCUCACAAUUUGACCCAUAUGGAGGAGCGGCAACGAUCGAAACUGUUUCGUCGGCUGUUCUUCUUGUUUUCCAGCACAUUAUGGACUUUCUUCACGUGUCUUCCGUAUCGGCUCUUGUACCUAUUCAGUAUUUUUUGUGGAGAAACAUGUCAAAUUAACAAUUAUUACAAAACUGCAACCAACCUUUUUUUCCGUCUUUUAAUCGUUGGUAUCAUGAUUAAUCCAGUGAUCACUAUUUGGACUCAGAGAAUUUAUCGCCUACGCCUUAUGCGUAUGUUUGGGCGACUGCGUGAGAAUUCAUCAACUGAAGUAUUGAUGGUUAGCAAUCGACGAGCAUCUGAAAGGCCGCCGGAGCACACCCCCUUACGGUGUGAUAUGUAGAUCGUAGUAAUUCGCAAUGUAUGUAAGUAAAACUUGUGGAAAAAAUGUUCACCAUGGUACCCGGUGACAUUUUCAUUUUCUGAUAUUUCUUGAGCAACGGUUUCCCUCUUCUGAGUUUUCCCCAAUGCCAUACUGUCCAGCCCAGCAUAAUUUAUUAUUACUGCUCUCGGUAAACUUUCAAAAAUAUUCUGUGUUCUGAUGAUGCAUUCAAUGUUUACCAGUUACAAUGUACUAUAAUAAAGUUGAUGUUUUG